GUCGAGAUCACGGCAGACCUUGCCUUUGCGGAAGAAGUCAUUGAUGAAGACGAAGCGAAGACGCUACCAUCGCGAUAACUCAGCGCCAUAGCAUCCAGCGAUGGGAACUCGUCACGCUGGGUUUCGAAUCGCUUGGUGCUAGAGAGUGGAACCGCCGAGGUAGAUGCACUCUGGCUCGGGGAUGGCAUUUGGGGAGAGUGAGCAUCUUCGCGCUUCCUGGGCGGCGUGCGCUCCAGGAUGGCCAUCUUCGAUCUUGGCCCACCUCACUGUCGUGAUCGUGGUUGUGGUUGUGGUUGUCGCCGCCGUCACCUAAACCAACACCAACACCGCGGACGCGACUUUUUAGAGGGAGGAUGGCCCGCGAUCAGAUCACGUGUGUUGGACAUGAGCGCGUCCCGUUCAUUCUGGCCGCGGUGUCUUUCUCAAUCUUUCUUUUUUCGCGACAGCUUGCUGGUGCUGAGCAGUGAGACCUAUGGCGGAGAAGGAGCGAGGAGCAGACGAUGGAUCUGGACGAUGACUUUGAUGGGCUCCUCGAUGAUGGGCCGCUCGACGAGGAGCUGGAGCAGUCGCUUGCUCACAUCGAGGCCAGCUUCACUCAGCAGUCGCAGCAGCAGCUGCGCCAGAAUUCUCCCUUUUCUCACCACGUUCCCGGUCAAGGAGACGAGCAGCCAAGCAACCUAGCAGCGAAGGAGACGCUCAAGCAAGUCAAUGGGCAGCUACCUGCACAAAAGUCGAGACCAGGAGUCGAUGACUUCCGUGUCUCUCACCCACGCCAGCAGGGCAGAAGAGGCCUUCCGACAGGCGACGACUUCGAAGAUGAGGACGACACAGAAUGGGAUGGCAUGGAUCUCGACCGAGCAGAAAACGAAGCCAUUACGCUGUCGCAGCAGAAGCAGCCUUCGACUUUCCAAAAAGGCGUCAAAAGGCCAAGGUUGUCGAGCGAAGGGGGAGAGGGCCCAGCAUCAGUCAACCUAAUGAAGCAGGAGCGACCGACGAGGGAGUUUGCGAACCAAUCUGACGACAGGACGCUGAUUGCCGAGCUUCAGCGAAAGUUGGCUGCUGCGGAGCAGGACUUUGCCAAGCUGAAACGAGAGAAGCAAGCAAAAGAGGGCGAGGCGUCGUUGCUGCGCACACACCUCAGCAAGGUCACUUCUGAAUUCAGUACGCAAAGUCGAGACUUUGAGAGGGCUAAGGCCGAACACAAGGCGAUUCUCGCCCAGGUGGACAAGGAUCGCAAGGAGCAGCUCAGCCGCACGCAAACCUUGUAUGCAUUCAAGCAAAUGGAGCAGGCGACGUCAAUCGCCGCGAACAGCUGGGCCAAUAUCACGGCCUCUGUCCAGCGUCGCAGGGCACGGAUGUCAGAUCACCGCAACACCCAAGGCCCAGCCUCGCAAUCACAGAGCUAUGCGGCCGCAUUUGGCCUGUCUACGCCCACGCGAAGAGGCAGGAACCAAGCGAGAAACCUGGGCAGCGGUGGUAGCCAUGGCAGUGGAGGAGGCGCUCAACGGACGGGCAUGUCGAAGACACAAGAGGAUAGCCCUAGCGGAAGGCUGGAAAAGAGGGCAAGAGCGACGCCCGCGCAACCACUCAAGAAAGCUGCCGCCGCCUUUCCGGGCCUCGUCAAUACGUUUGCGAGCUCAGCAUCGGCCAAGAAGAGGCAGAGCAAAUUUAGUGCUGCGCCUAGUACUCCUGUGCCUCCUCAGGACGACCAAGUCUUUGAAGACGAUGGCCGGGAUCUGUUGGCAGAGGAAAUGGUGGUGGACCGAUCGAGGCAACGGGCUGGCCCAGGGCACAGUCCAGCGCAGCAGCAGAGUCAUCCUGCAGGUCUGCAGCCCGAUGAUGUCUCCACCAAGGCGCCAAAGCAAGCGACAGGCUGGGAUUCCUGGCAGCAGCGAUACUUGUGGGCCGUGUCGACGUAUUCAAGACGGCAAGGUUUCCUGGCCUCGCUCGUGCUCACUCACAGCUCCAAGCCUUGUUCGAGCAUCGAUCGAAGAGAUGCCGACGACGAAGCCAAGAGCUACGUGUCGAGGGACCCCAAAGACGACAGCCGCGACACCAAGGCCUUUUCGACGUCGACGCUGCAUCGCAUCAUGAACCCAGAUCUUGCACCUGGCACACCCAGGCUGGUUCAAGAGCAGUACGCGAUGCUGACAGACCUGCUUCUCCAAGCCCUUUCCCAAGGAGCCGCCAUCGAUGCCGAGGACCGCUUCGCCUACCUCCUGAACGCGCUAGACUCAGACCGAGACGACCUAUCAGAGGACGAGAGAAACCAGCUGCAAGAGCAGGACUUCUGGAUCGCUUUCAACGAAAUCGAGGAGGGCAUCGACGUCGUCUUGCUACAGCUGUCGUGUUGUCUCAAGGCUCUGGCUGGCAUUGCGAUGAAGUUGGGCAUGGUCGAGAGGAUCUACGAUAUUCUCCGGCUCACGGCCACAAUUUGCAGCCACCAUCCGACCAUGGAGCGACGCCUCCAGACACGCCACCCCAUUGUCCUCCCUCUGUCCAGCCACGCUGUUGAGGCGAUUGCCGUCGCUGAUACACAGACACUGACGACGUCUCAGGCGCAGCUGUCGAGUCUGCUUAAGCUCGAGUACGCAAUCGAGGACAUUGUCGUAGAAAGCAUCCGCAAGCUUUGCCUCGUUGAGGGGAAGGCUGGGCCAGCAAAGGCCGUAGGAGCAGGGGAAGCAGAGUCGGCCAGCGGCCACGUCAAAGCCACGCCCAAACAGAGCCGGCCGACGUUUGAGUGGAAGUUCUCGGCAGAAGGGCGCGAAGACGUCAUUGCGGCUCUGGUCACGCUUUUAGAGUUCUUUGCAUGGGAUUCCAUGGAGAACCAGCGAGCACAGAUCCACAGCGUCCGAAAGAUCAUCGAGGCACCCGGGAUCCUCUUUGCCCUGCUCUCGUCACAGCGACGGGCAUCGACGAUGCACCGAACGCUCUGCAUCCUCAUCCAUCUCUGCCAAUUUGAGUCCAUGUGGCGGCCCAUUGUCGGUUGUCAACCAGACGAUGCCCUGCAGCCCAAUCUGCCGAAUCGGCUGAAGCGCUCCAAGACGCCGUUUCUCCAUCUUUUAGCUCAGCACCUCGUCGAUCGACGAACAGACAUGGAGACUGAGCAGGCCCACGAGAUCCACGCCGACAUCGUCGCGCUGCUGUCCCAGCUCGUCAUCGCACACCCCCAGGAUGCCUUGCUGGUCCUGAGUGAUUCUGAUCCGAUUCUGGCCGCGCUCGUCAAGUGCUUGCAGCUCGAUGCGGGCCUCGUCUGGGGCGGGUCGGGGGAUCCGAAGACGAGCGAGACCAUUGGCGACGUUGUGGAGCGCAUCUGCAUGGACACGCGACUCCUCGCUCAGCUCUACCUCGUCGAUGUCGACGACGAGGACGAGACAAGGGUGGUGGCGAGACCAGCCGACCUGGCCAAGAAGAUUACCGGCCACGAAUGCCAGGCGCUGCUCAAUGGCGUCCAGCACUGCUUUGUGGUCGGUGUGGGCCGGGUCGCGUAUGCCGAGGAGCCUGGCUGGGUGGGCGAGGCUGAGAGAAAGGCGCUGGGCGAGGUGGGGCCCCUGGCGAGCGAGCUGCUGAACCUCGUCUUGGCGCCCGACGAAAACGAUGCGCUGUGGGAGGCCCUGGAGGACGAGGACGAGGAUGAGGACGACUCUGAUGAGGAAGAAGAGGGGGGAGUCCACGACGAGGAGAUGGAGAGCCUCACCGAGGGAGAAGAGGAAGACGAUGUCGCGGCCCGGUGA